AUGAUCAUUACGACAGUGAUCAUUUCACUUCUAUUACUUCAAUCAUUUCAAUCCACAGGAUCAAGUCAAUCGACAACAACACCUAAUGGAAGUACUUCAACGCCUAGUGCAUGGGAUCAAUUUAAAAACGGAUUUCAUUUAUUUUUAGACUUCCUGUGCACACUAAACUCAUUCUGGCAAACUAUCAAAAGUAUAUUUUCAUACAUAUUUUGA